AAAAGACGAAAAUAUUUGUAUUAUACAAUAUUUUUGCAGGCCUCUGAAAAUGGUUGAUGAAUAGGUUAGGUAACCUACACAAAAAUAAAAAAUACAUUUUCUACCUGAAGACCCAAAAACGGUUUCGCUUGACCGAAACAUCAAUUCGAAAACCUAAAAAAAAGCGAUCCCAGCAAAGCCUAUUUGACAUUUUCAAUUUGUUGUGAAUCUGUUACUAGGCUUAUUUUAUUUUUAUGUAAUAGACUAUUAGGUAUUGGGGAUGUAAACGAAUAAACGUUAGAUAAAAUAAAUCGUAAAAGCAACGUUUUUAUUUUAUAGGUAAACUUUUCUAUUUACCUUCAUCAAGUCGAAGCGACCAACAGUGUUAUCAUAGUACUUAUUCUCAAAACAUAUAUUACGAGACUCGCGAGUUUCUGCAUAUCCAAUGCUCAUUUUGUGACCUAUAAAACUGUGUCGUUUUCCACCAUAGGACAAUGCUAAGUUUUCUUUUACUUCACCAUUUGCUACAGUUAACAUGAAUCACAAAGGCACCACUUUGUUUAAACAAAACCUAACUGUAAACAUCCGGAAUGUAACUGACGAUAUCAAAACAUAGACGAUCUCCAAAAAGAUUUGGCACAAUGGCUUACUUCGUGAAAAAAAGUCUAGCAUGUGCAGCAACAACAAAGCGAUCCUAAUUUAGGUUUGUACAUUAACAUCGCUGCAAAGAGGCAAAAAAGGUGAACAUAGAAUGUGUUGCAACCUGAGCAAAAUUUAGUUGUUGGCGUCUGCGCUCAAGCAAGCGAAGCGGCUCCGAACAGGGCCUGGGUAAUUGAACUAAUAAAUCUAGCUGUGUAACUGCGCGCUCCCGACUCGCUCAGGAUCAAGGCGAAACCAUUAAACCUACGCUCAGAUUUCGCCUUGACUCGACUUGCAUUUAGUCACUCGAUACAAACGUGACGGCACGCCGGGCUUUACCUUUUAUUGAUAGAAUUCUAUUUUCUUUCGGUAAUGCAAUUUUGUCAUACACAGCCAUAAAUCUUUACCAAAACGAUUGGAAAUAAAAAAAAAGAUUAGCGCCGACCAUAAAGGCGCUCUAGAAAAUAGCGGCUUAUCAGUCGCAUACUACUAUGGUUUAGUGUAGUACUAGUUUCAAUGCUACAUGUUCAGUUCAAUUGUUUUCAUGAACAGGACAUUGCGUCGACAGUGGAUAAGUGUUAUUCUUGUUUUUGUUAUAAAAUUGAACAUUGCGUCAAAUUCGCAGACAACACAAGAAAAUCCGGUGAAAUUUGAUGGUGAUUUUGAUAGCUUCCUCAGGGAUCUAGACACAAUGGUAUACAAAUCUAAGAAACCCGAGGUUGUACCAGAACCGAAGACCACACCGCGUACUACAGUUGCACCUAAAACUUAUCGAAGGAGUCAAAACGUAUUCAACACGCAAAAAGCCUUUCUGGCUGAUGUCCUGAUGAUGAAACUAGUUUCGUACUACGAGGAUAAAUACAAACUGACGCACUUGUCGUCUACUACGACGGAACGCAUCACUCUCGGCAAUAGCUUAGUGAAUACAAAUCGCGUAAGAAAGUACACUGUCGACCACGGCAGCAUGGACAGGAAUGAAGUGUUCAAUGUUCAUAACAACAGACCACUGCCGCCGAGUCGCCAUGCCCAUGAGUUGAACAGAAGGAUGCACAGAGAUAGGUUGUUUGAGAGGCAGCCAGAGAGGCAGCCAGAGAGGCAGCCAGAGAGGCUGCCAGAGAGGCUGCCAGAGAGGCUGCCAGAGAGGCUGCCAGAGAGGCUGCCAGAGAGGCUGCCAGAGAGGCUACCAGAGAGGCUGCCAGAGAGGCAGCCAGAGAGAAUUCCAGAAAUUAGAAAGAUCGAAGACUACCAGAUACCUGAAGUGAUAGUUAUGUAGGGUUUUAUAAAAUUAAUUAACAUUUAGCAGAAAAUAAUGGUGCUAAUUGUACUUUUGUAUCUAAUAAGUUUAUUUAAAUUAUUAUAAAAUAAAAUAAUUA